AAUAGUUGAGGAGUUUAAGCAAGAUGUAAACAUGUACAUGUUCUGGAAAGCGGGUAUGGAUAUUCAUGUUUCUCAUGUUCGUAGGAAUCAGAUUCCUGCAUAUGUUUUUCCGGAUGGAUAUAAAUGUUGACGACCAUCGAGGCACACAAACCAGCAGGCAGAAAGAACUUUUGAAGAAGAUGCUGAAGGCUGCAGGUCUCAAUCUGCGGAAAAACAACUCAAAAGGAAAAUUGAUUCUGAAUUAGUGGAUGCAGAGAAAGAUAUACCAGCGAAGCGGGUUUCUAUUAGCCCCCAGAGGGUAGGGUCCAUUUCUCCAGCAAGUGUUAUGAGUACAUCUGGCGGAACAUCUCAGGCCAGAUGCUCUGUGGAGGUUAAAUUAGAGCCUUCACCAAAGAUCAAGAUGGAUUAUAAUGAGGCUGGAUGUACUAGGAGGGUUUUGAAUCUGGAAGAGGGUCCUAUUGAUGGUGUGGGAGAGCCGAUGAAACCAUGUAAGCAAAUGGCGCAGGGGGAAAAUGACAAUAGUGCAUUGGCAUCAAAUUUCAGCAUUCAAUCCCUCAAUGGCGAGGGUGAUGCAUGUGCAGAAGAUCUAGACACGCGUUUGGAAAAUGGGUGUUUAAAUCGAAGCAGAGUAUUUGAAAACAGCUUGGCAGAAACGUUAGAGCCUACUCUUGCACUUGGAGUGGUGGUGGAACCCCAAGGUGGGGCAACUUCUGAAUCAGUGCAGAAGCCCGAGAUGAGGCAUGUAUUUCGAAGCCCUAAGCUUUGUGACGUGAUGCAUGUUGUCUUUAUUCUAUCCUAUUUCGUUGUUUCUUUGCCUUGUUUUUUAGCAGGUUAAGUCUGAAAUCAACAGCAUAACAUUUGGAGAAGAAUCCUUCACAUAGUUGAUCAUGUACGAGGGGAGAGGUACACUUUUAUUAUCUUGUCGAUUUGGGCAAGGGUUGUGGAAACUGGGAGAAAUGUGCCCGACGGGUCCUUCAGUGUGCGGUUCUUGUUGUUGUUUGCUGGGCUGUUGAAGACGUACUCAAUACCAAAAGAAAGAACAAAAAAGGAAAA